GAGGAUGUGCGCCCGACUCCUUCUCCUCGGCCUGAUGCUCGCCCCGGCCUUCCAGAGCAGGGUGGAGAGUGUGGAGGAGUAUGACGACGACUACCUGAGCAUCAACAAGACCUGGAUCCUGACACCUAAAGCUCAGGAGACUGAUGCCACCCAGAUCCUCAAUGCUCUGCUCCGGAACUACGACAACAAGCUGCGGCCGGACAUUGGGAUCAAGCCCACCUUCAUUGAUGUUGACAUCUAUGUGAACAGCAUUGGGCCGGUCUCUGUGAUCCACAUGGAGUACACCAUCGACAUCUUCUUUGCCCAGACCUGGUAUGACCGGCGCCUGCGCUUCAACAGCUCCCUCCAGGCCCUGACCCUCAACACCAACAUGGUCAGCCGCAUCUGGAUCCCGGACACCUUCUUCCGGAACUCCAAGAGGGCCGACUCUCACUGGAUCACCACCCCCAACCAGCUCCUCCGGAUCUGGAAUGACGGGAAAGUCCUCUACACCCUCAGGCUGACCAUUGAGGCUGAGUGUCUACUCCAGUUGCAAAACUUCCCCAUGGACACCCACUCCUGCCCACUGGUAUUCUCCAGCUAUGGCUACCCACGAGAGGAAAUCAUCUACCGCUGGAGGAGGUACUCCAUUGAAGUCUCUGACCAGCGCACCUGGAGGCUGUACCAGUUUGACUUCACAGGCCUGAGGAACACGUCCGAAGUGCUGCGGACAGGUGCAGGGGACUACAUGGUUAUGACAGUCUCCUUCGACCUGAGCAGGAGGAUGGGCUACUUUGCCAUCCAGACCUACAUCCCCUGCAUCCUCACCGUCGUCCUAUCCUGGGUCUCUUUCUGGAUCAAGAGGGACUCCACACCAGCCAGGACAUCGCUGGGGAUCACCACUGUGCUGACCAUGACCACGUUGAGCACUAUCUCCCGCAAGCACCUACCCCGGGUCUCCUACAUCACGGCCAUGGACCUCUUUGUCUCUGUCUGCUUCAUCUUUGUCUUUGCUGCCCUCAUGGAAUAUGCCACCCUCAACUACCUGGUGGGGAACAAGAAGUCCCUUAAGCAGAGCGGCGGCAGCAUCAGCUGCACUGGGAGACCCCGGCUGCUGACCAGCCAUGCUCGCCUGGUGCCCUCCUACACAGCCAUCCACAUCAACAGCCUGGUGACGUGGCCACCUGACAUGGAUGAGGAAAGCGAGGAUAUGGAACCCUCUUCGCCUUGCCCUUGCUUGGAGGGCAAGGAGUGCCGGCGGUUUUUUUGCUGCAUCGACGACUGCCGGACGGGUGCCUGGCGCCAAGGGCACCUUCGCAUCCACAUCUCCCGCCUGGACUCCUACUCCCGGGUCUUCUUCCCCACUGCCUUCCUCCUCUUCAACAUUGUCUACUGGGUCGCCUACCUCUACCUCUAGCUCCAUCCUCCAAGAAAGACCUGCCUGCCUGCCUACCUGCCUGCCAGGGCGAAAAGGAAGACAGAGCUGGUGGAGCUGGACGGUCACUUC